GCUGUCUUGUGCUAUUUUGAGCUAGAACAAGGACGAAUUUACGAACUAAGAAUUGAAUUGUAUAUUAUCAAUACGCAAGAAGAUAAGAAAAAUAAAUAGAUUUAUGAUAUUGAAUGAAUUCUAAUUUUUACUAUUUAAAAUGCCCUACGUUGUGAUAUCUACACAAAUAAGAGUGGAAAGUGGCCCAACUAUAGUGGGUGAUGAGCAAGCAGAUCCUGAGCUUAUGAAAUAUUUAGGUGCUGAAUUGGUUGUGCAGUUAGGAAACAAUUUCCAGGAAUAUCGAUCUGCUGAUCCACCAAGAGUUAUUUUAGACAAACUGGAGCUUAGAGGUUACAGAGUAGUUGCUAUGGCAGGUAUUGGCCAGACAUGUAUUUGGACUCUGAACAAGCCCCCUGAGUUUGCUUAAUAAUAUACAUGAUUUGAAUAUUGUGUAAACCUAUACUCUAGACAAGGAAAAAUAAGGGCUAAUAAUGAUAAUCAAACCGUAUUUCUAGAUGCAUAACUAUAGAUGUAGAGAAAAUGUUUUCUAUAGGAUACACUAGUGUAUUAUUGUACUAUUGCAAAUGUAUAACAUAAUUUAUGUAUUUGUUUUUAUUACUUUAUUGUUAGUUAAUCGAUUAACUAGUUUUAUAAUAUGCUUACGGAUAGAAAAUGAUAAUUUAAAACGUAUGUAGAAUUCUUUAUUAAUUUAUUUUAAGCUUAUUUACUGACAUAUACAUAUCUCUAUAGGAUUAAAUUCCAUUUUUUUAACACAAGUACAUAUUUUUAGUUUGUAAUUUUAAAUUGCUGAGAAUACUAAUCUUUUGAGAGUUUUUGUUAGAAAGUAUUUUAUACGUGAUAUUUAAAAGUAUUUUUAUCCAGAGUAACCAGUUAGAGUAGUUAUUUUAUUAUCAUUAUUAUUUUGUAAAAUUUACUAAUUAUGUAUUAAAAUUUACAUAGUACUGGUGAAUAUGAUGCUCAAAGGAUCUUCACUAAAAUUAUAUGAUUUAUUAUUUAAUUCAAAAUAAUUUUUAAAUUAAAAUUGCCAACUACUUUUUAAAAGUUUGAAUUCUCUUUAUCUACAGAAGAGGUUCCCAAAUAGUGUUCCAUGGAACCAUAGGAUUCUGUGGAAAAGUCACUGCGGUUCCAACAAUUAAGAAUUUAUUUCAUCAAUUUUGAUUUUUGAAACCUAUAAUUAAAUUAAAAUUGCCAAUUAAUAGACCUGUAAUUAGGUUAAAAUUGCUAUUUUAACCUAAUAAUUCAUUAUUUAUUUAAUAUUUCUGUUAUUUUUAUGUAAUUAUUUAAUUGAAGUACUUGUAAAGAAAG